AUGGAUGCUAAUGUCUUGUUGGAGUGCUUUGCCUGCACUUUACUGGCCAACCAGAAUAUCAGACAGCAAGCCGAGCUCAGAUUAAAGGAAUUAUCCAAUGCACCCGGGUUUUUAGGCGGAUGCUUGGAUAUUAUCGGCUCUAAGAAUUUAGUUUCAAUUGAUACUAACGUCCGUAAAGCUGCUGCUGUUUACUUUAAAAAUAGAAUUGUCAAGUAUUGGAUGAUUCCUGUGACCAAGGAUACUUUGAUUUAUAUAGAUAACGAUGAAAAACCUGUAAUUAAAGAUAGAAUAUUAGAGGUAAUGAUUAACUCAGACUACCAUAUUCAGCAGCAGUUGAUUCCGGUUUUAAGGGUAUUGAUUUCGUUUGAGUUCCCUCAACGCUGGGGCAACCUAUUGAAUGAUACGGGAGAUCUCCUCCAGCAAGUCCCAGAAAGUAGUAAUUCUGAUGAUGCAUCUUACACACUGUUAUACACGGGUUUGUUGUGUUUCUCAGAAAUUUGUAGAAAGUUCCGCUGGGUCAGUAACGAGGACAGAGAGAAAGAAUUAGAUCCUAUAAUUCAACAAGUAUUCCCUCACUUAUUGAAUAUUGGUAACAAUAUCCUUGCUGAUCCCCUGCAGUUGACAGAGUUUAAAGCAGAGAUUUUGAAACUUAUCCUUAAGAUUUACAAAUUUGUAACUUACUUCGAUUUACCAAAGAUACUUCAAACCAGAGAUGCUGUCAUUUCGUGGGGCCAAUUCCAUGGAUCGAUUUUUAAUUUGCAGGCCCCAGCAUAUAUUGAAACUCAAUUCAAAUCAUUAAAUGAAAGGGAAAAGUCCAUAUUGCAUAUAUCUAAAUGUUAUAAAUGGUCUUUGGCCAACUUGUACAGAUUGUUUACUAGAUAUCUGUCUAAUGGGAUCCUGAAAAAGUACAACUAUACUGACUUUCACAAGAUGUUUUUGAAUGAAUUAAUCCCUCAGUUAAUUCAGAAUUUCCUUCAAAUUAUAGAGCAAUGGUGUUCUAAGCUUAGAUGGUUGCCUAUUUCGGCUCUUUAUUAUUUAUUACAAUUUUUAAGUCAUUCAGUUACCCAAAAAUCGACUUGGUUACUUAUCAAGCCAUUUUUUGAAACUUUAAUUAGUCAUUUCAUUUACCCACUUUUAUGCCCUAUGGAUGAGAUCUUGGAAAUUUAUGAAGCAGACCCACUCGAGUAUAUUCACAUCAAUUUCGAUAUAUAUGAUGAGAUCAAUACUCCAGACAUAGCUGCAUUAGGAUUAUUGGUUACAUUUGUUGACAAAAGGAAGAAUUCAACUUUAGAUACAAUUGUUAACUUUGCAUACUUGCACUUGCAACAACUCGUUGGUGCAGUUAGUGCAGGAGACACUACAUUGGAGACUGCUAAAAAGAUUGAAGGGAUUUUGAGACUUAUUGGAUGUAUUUCACAUUACAUCUUGAUUCCCCAAUCUAAAUAUUACCCACAGAUGGAGACAUUUUUAAACAAACUAAUUUUGCCCAACUUGAAUUCAAAUUAUGAGUUCGUAAGAGCAAGAGCUUUGGAAAUUACCAGCAAGUUUGCUGACUUAGAAUUCGAAGAGAAUGGUGAAUUUCAUACCAUUGCUAAGAUUUUUCAUGCUGUAGAUGAAAACUUCGAUUUACAAACCAAGCUGUUACCAUUGGCGUUACAAUGUGCUCUAGCUAUUCAAUCAUACUUACCUAAACAGCAAUUCAAAGAUGCAAUGGGAUCCAUUAUUUUACCAAUAAUGUCAAAGCUUUUAGAAUUGAGUGAAGAAAUCGAUAAUGAUCUGAUAUCCAUCGUAAUGCAGGACUGUGUAGAAAAUUUCAGUGAACAAUUACAACCAUUUGGCGUUGAUUUAAUGACAAAGUUAGUGGAACAGUUUAUGAGAUUAUGCCAAGAAGUAAACGAAUCUACGAAGGAAAUGGAAGAAAGUGGGGGCAUAGAUUAUGAUGCAUCUGAUGAUUCUAGUGAAAAAAUUAUGGCUGCCAUUGGAUUAUUGAAUACCAUGAUUACAGUUCUACUUUCUUUCGAAAAUUCUCAAUCAAUUUUGGUUAAAUUGGAAGAAGUUUACUAUCCAAUAAUUGAAUACGUUAUUGUGAAUAAAAUUGAUGAUUUGUUUGCUGAAAUUGGUGAAUUGAUUGAAAAUUCUACUUUCUUACUUAGACUGAUUAGUCCAACAAUGUGGAGAGUGUUUAAACUUCUUAGUCAGUCAUUUCAUCACGAUGGAAACCCAGCUGCCUUGAACGGAGGUGGCAUUGCAUUAUUAUACACCGAAGAGUUGAUUCCUUCUUUGAAUAAUUUCUUGAUCUAUGGACAGGCUGAUUUGCUAGAAAAUGAUGAAAUUAUUAAUGGGUUUUUUGGAAUCUUUAUGGCCAUUGUUGAUGGUGAUGAAGAACAAGUUGACUUUAAUGACAUUUCAUUUGCAUGUGAAUUGGGUCAAAAUUUCAUUUUAACCUUAAGACAGAAAUCCACACCUUUCUUGAUGACCAUUUUGGGUAAGGUAUUGGGUAUAUUUCAAAACAUGACAAACGAUAAACUUCAUGUAAGAAAUAAUUCAUAUGACGUUAAUGUCAGCAAUGUUAUUGUUGCUACUUUCAUUUACGAUUUACCAAAUGCUAUUGCGUUUUUGGAACACCUGGGUUUCAUUGAAGUGUUUUUUGAAAGAUGGAUGAAAUUGAUUCCAAUGUUGAAAAGAGUUUACGAUAUCAAAUUAUCCAUUUUAGGAUUAAUUAGCAUUGUGAGUGACAACGAGAUUUUGGCCAAAUUUGAAAGUGGUGGUAAUAAUAACUUCGCUAUUGGACUAGUUAAUUCAAUAAUUCAUCUCUUAAAAUUGUUGCCUGAUGCAAUUAAGAAUUUGGAAGAAAGAAGAAAAAAUUUCAACGAGUUAGAUGAUGAGGGUAUGCAAAGAUUAUGGGAACAAGAUCAGGAGGCAUUUAAUAAAUUUACUAGAGGGGGCGAUGAAGACGACGAUGAAGAAUACGAAGACUUUGGAGAUGAAGCAGAAGACUCAACCAAUAAUGAAGAAUUUGAUUCUUUCUUGAAGGAACAGGAAGAAAGCUUUAAAUUAAAGAGUUCUGGGUUUUACGAUGAAGAUGAUGAACAAAUUAAUGAAGACCCAUUGAGCUCCACACCUUUGGAUAAUUUAAAUGUAUUCAAGUUCUUUAAAGAUUUCCUAAUUUCUUUACAGUCAAAUGAUCUUCACAAGUAUCAAUCAUUAUUCGGUAAGUUGAACGAAUCAGAUCAACAUGUCAUUCAAGAUGUAUUUGAAAUUGUAACAGACUAA